AUUUCGUUUGUGCUCAGAAACAACCACGAUAGGAAAGUGAAAAUUCAAUCCAAACUCAAUUUUUAUUUAGUCCCGGCCUGAAUCUAUUUUUCAAUUGAUCUAAAUCAUUAACACUCUAGCUCAGAUACAUCAGAUAUGACUUUAUCUGCGAAUAUUGGUUGUAUAAUGUUUGGAACUUAUAAACUGCAAAAAUACCUCGAUGAGCUUAUUUUGACAGUGAUAAGUAAGGUAUCUGGACUCUAGAAUGAAAAUCUUCGGUGUGGUAGGUGCUUUCUUGGUUAUUUUGGCCACGGUAGAAUGUGCGAAAAUACUGGGUGUUUUCCAUUUAGCCGGUAAGAGUCACUAUAUGGCUUGUAGCACCCUGAUGAAGAUUUUGGCUGAAAAAGGACAUGACGUCACUGUGAUUGCUGCUCACAAAGAGAAGAAUCCACCCAAAAACUAUCGACAGAUUUACCUGGAUGGACUCAGUAAAAAAUUAGAAGAUGUGUUUGCCAACAUGAAGAUGUUCGACUUCAAUCCUUCUCCAUUGAUGGGGCCAAUAUUUUUCCACUUCAUGUCCACUGAAUUCAUAGAGGAUGUCUUCAAUCACACAGUCUUCAAGGAAUUCCUAAAGGCUGAUGAAAAAUUUGAUGCUGUCAUCAUUGAAGAAUUCCAAUCAGAGGCCAUCAAAUACGUUGCCCACCAUUACAACGCACCCUUGAUUGUUUACAGCGCUCUAGAUGCAAACGAUUGGACCAAUCCCUUCCAGGGUAACCCGGACACACCAUCAUACCAUCCCAAUUUCUAUGUCUCCCAUCUCACAAACCAUAUGUCAUUCCUGGAGAGAGUUGAAAAUACUUUUUUCUACGUUUAUGCAAAAUUACUCUCCAACCUUAUAAACUUUCCAGCUCACAAUAGAUUAGUUCACAAAUAUUUUCCAAGUGCUCCAGAUCUAGCAGACAUAGCUUACAAUGUCUCCUUGGUUCUUCUGAAUUCUGAUCCAAGCGUCCAAGAACCCAUUCCCAAAGUGCCAAGCAUGAAAGACAUUGGUGGUUUCCACAUAAGAAAGCCGAAACCUUUGCCUCAAGAUCUCCAAACGAUCUUGGACAACGCUAAACAUGGAGUUAUCUUUUUUAGCUUGGGUUCCAAUGUGAAGAGCAAAGAUAUGCCCAAAGAGACGAGAGAUUUCAUACUCAGAAAGUUUUCCAAACUCAAGGAGACUGUCAUCUGGAAAUUUGAAGAUCCUGACUUACCUGGCAAGCCUGAUAACGUUAUCAUCAGGAGUUGGCUGCCUCAAAAUGAUAUUUUCGCUCACAAAAACGUAAAAUUGUUCAUCUCCCAUGGUGGUCUCUUCAGUACAAUGGAGGCUGUUUACCACGGACUGCCAGUUAUGGCUUUAUCGGUCGGUGCUGAUCAAAAGCUCAAUGGUAAUAGAGCUGAAGCUAAUGGUUUCGCCAGACAUAUUCCAUUCAAAGAAGUCACAGAACACAUAUUCAGUGAAGUCUUAGACGACUUGCUGAGUGAUCCGAAAUAUAAGGAGAAUGCCCAAAUGAGGUCCCAAAUUAUGAGAGACAAACCUAUGGAGCCUGCAGAUGCUCUAAAUUAUUGGGUGGAGUAUGUGAUAAGACACAAGGGGGCUCCACAUCUUAGGGUGGCAGCUUUAGAUCUGGAAUGGUACCAAUAUUUGCUGAUAGAUGUGGUGCUCUUCAUUUUGGCUGUGUUAUUAGCAGUAGUUUUCUCGUUGAGAUUUCUGUUCAAUAGUGUAUUGAAAAAGAAAUUAUCGCCCGGAAAGAAGAAUGAUUAAUAUUGUAUUUGCUGCAGACAAAUGAUGAAAUGAAAGAAUAUGUUAAAGUAUUUCUUUAAUUGUACAAAUUAUUUUUGAAUAGACCUAAUAAAAAGUGUCUUGAAAUAU